AUUUGGACAGGACUUGUUGAAAGUCACUGUACUGUACUGUAGUACUGUUUUAACCGGAUCGAUAUAUGUGUUAAUACUAUGUUUAAAGUUAACGUGGUCUUAGAAAAUGUUUGUUGAGGGACAAGACUGCCAACUUAAGUAAUUAAGUGUUGUUUUAGUAAGAAGUAUUGUGUAGUUUUAGUAGCAGUGUGGGUGGAAAGGGUCAGAGGAUCUGUUAGAUUUAUCCAGAGCUUCAGAGACAUGCAUGGAACAAAAUUAAAAUCAGAACAAAAGAAUUCGAAACUUAAACGGUUUUAGUACUAUCUCGUGAUAAUAUUGUGAUGAAUAUUGCGGGAGAAAAAUAAUAUACCGCCAGAAAAAUGGUUGCUAAUUCUAAUGAGAACAGCGUGCAUUUGGACGAGGUGUUGAAGAAGUUUGGUGCGUUCAACCGGUACAACAUUCGGGCCGUAUUGUUGAUAAGCUUCGUGUUUUUCACUAAUAAUAUGCAUUGUAUCAACUAUAUCAUCGUUGCUGAAGAAACGCCAUACAGAUGUAAAAUAGAUAAAUGCGAGUCAGAGAGCAAUGUGUUCCAACAACCGUGGUAUAAUUUCACCGCACCGCUCGACUCCAGAGGUUGUAAUCGGUACAGUGAAAUCAACGAGGAAUGUUCAGAAACCGGCUUCAAUACUUCACUUGUUGAAACAUGUGAUGACUGGGUUUACAAGAGAGAUGACAGUUUUGUUGCUGAGUUCAAAUUGGCAUGCCAGGAUUGGAAGCGGACAUUUGUUGGCACUGUUCAUAGCAUUGGGAUGAUGAGUGGUCUUCUGUUCCAAGGGCAACUGUCUGAUAAGAUAGGUCGCAAAGCAGCAGUCAUUAUCGGGGGCGUAGCAGCCCUUGUAUUUGGAGUCGCUAAGAGUUUUGCUAAUUCAUAUGUGGUUUAUAUAAUACUAGAAUGGUUCGAAGCUACAUUUGGGGAUAAUUGUUCACCUGCUUUUAUAAUGGGGGUGGAACUAAUGCACGGCGACUACAGACUGCAUCAGCAAAUAUUUUUUUGCUUCGUCGCUACUCUCGGUGGCGUCGCGUUCGCCGUAGCAGCUUAUUUAGUUCCCUACUGGAGACACUUCGUCCGGGUGAUUUAUGCGCCGGCCCUCCUUUUCAUAUUAUACUACUUUAUCAUGGACGAGAGCGUGCGAUGGUUGCUGAGCAAAGGAAAAAGGGAGGAUGCGACAAAUUUGUUAUUAAAAAUGGCUAAAGUAAACAAAAUUGCAUUGGAUGAGAAAACGAUAGUCAAUAUAAAAUGCGAAGAAAACAAGGUCGAGAGCUCUGCCCUAAGGGAGACAUUCCGUUCCAAGAUAGUGAUUAAGAGAUUUUUAAUAUGCCUGGUAUGGUGGACAUCUUGUACGUUCAUUGCCUUCGGGUUGAUAGUUAACGUUGGCUUUCUAGCUGGCAAUAAGUAUUUGAAUAUUGGAAUAAUGUCGUUAUCUGAUAUACCGGCGAGUAUAGCUAUGGUUUUUAUUUUGAAACGAUAUAAGAGGAAGAAGCCCCUACUCAUAUCUUUUAUUUCGGCUGGAUUGCUGUGCCUUGUACAGCCGUUUGUACCUAAACAAUAUGUAUGGAUGUCAACAGGGAUAUACUUUCUUGGCAGAUUUGUAUCAACGUUCACUUUCACUACAGUCUACGUUUACACGUCCGAGUUGUUUCCAACUUAUUCCAGGAAUUCCAUGCACGCCUUGUGCUCUGCUAUUGGAAGGAUUGGUUCUAUUUUAGCACCAAUGACACCAUUAUUGACUGUGUACAUGGAAAGUCUACCAACAUUGCUAUUCGGCGGUAUAUCCGUGUUAGCCGGAUUAACGACGAUGCUGGUACCAGACUUGGCGAAUGAACCACUGCCUGACAACGUCCAGCAAGCGGAGAAUAUCGGCACUUAUCAAUUGACAAUAACAACUAAUAAAGAAGUUGAAGAGAACUGCAAAACUUUAUAGAACAUCUUAAUAUCCUUCGCGAUUAUUAACGCAAGAAUUAAGACAGAAAUAUCUUAAAGAUAUCUAUGGAUAGGUUCUGUUAAGAAAGGAUCACAACAGGAACAUGUUGCUAGUGGAUUUUAUAAGUUAAAACUUCACCAGAAUCCAAAAUAAAUACACUUAUGUCUC